UCAAAUAUUCGUGUAGAAAGUGUGAAUGUGUAGGUUGUGGCGUUUGUGAUUCAAAUGUCCAAAAACUGGUGCAGACGAAAAAUAACACAAAAUUGCAAAUAAAAGAGAUAUUUCUUUUGCCCAGAAAGAAUAGGAAGCAGGCACUGACCUUGAUAAUAGUGGUUGAUCUCACAUUCGGUUGGAGCAGAAAACUUUUCGUCCCAGACGUUCCGAAACGAACAUUUACACGUAGUGUCGUCGAGUUCGAAAGCAAAUAAAAAAUGAUUAAACUUUUCUCGCUCAAACAGCAGAAGAAAGAUGGAGAGGCAACGCCAAAAUCUGGACCUCAGAAAAAAGCUUUCACUGCCGCCCAACUAAGGAUUACGAAAGAUAUUAAUGAGUUAAACCUGCCCAAGACUUGUGCCACGGAAUUCCCUGAUCCGGAUGACCUGCUAAAUUUCAAGUUGAUUAUCUGUCCAGACGAAGGUUUCUACAAGGGUGGUCGGUUUGUUUUCAACUUCAAGGUCGGCCCUAACUAUCCUCAUGAACCGCCGAAGGUCAAAUGUGAAACCCAGGUUUACCACCCUAAUAUUGAUCUGGAGGGCAAUGUGUGUCUGAAUAUUUUGCGUGAAGAUUGGAAGCCGGUGCUCACCAUCAACUCGAUCGUCUACGGUCUGCAGUACUUGUUCUUGGAACCUAACCCGGAGGACCCGCUGAAUCGAGAGGCCGCUGAGGUGCUACAGACAAACCGGCGUCUAUUCGAGCACAAUGUUUUUAAGGCAAUGCGUGGCAGCUAUAUUGGCGAGACAUACUUCGAGCGUUGUCUCAAGUGAUAUAUAAAUUCUACACUCACUCUCAAAUGUUGCGUUUAUUUAAUUAUUCUUACGAUUGGUGGACGCUAUUAUAUAGACUUUAAGUAUAACUAAAUGGUCGAAACAGAGGAGGGUAAACACACGCCAAGCGGUAACAACGAGCCAGCCGAUAGAAAUUUGAUGGCCGGAAUGGCAGUAAUGAACGAGCUCGUAGAAGACACAGAUGAUUUAGUAAAACUGUACAUGAUUGGGCAAGCAAGAGCAAACCUGCACACAUAGUUUCAAAUCCGGUUAUAAAAAUUACGCAAUAUAUUUAUACUGAACAGAAACAAAAAAAAUACAGCGUUGAGCCAACUUAGUAAAGGAAUCCUUGAACACACUUAUUAGAACAAUAAUCUUGCAGGAUAUCAUAAUUGAGAGAAUACUACAUUGUUCAAACUAACAGCAGUAAAAGCAGUGUAUUUCAGAUGCGGAUUGCAGAGUGAAAAAAAUAAAUGUAAGAACUCGAUAUAAACAAUAGUCACACAACACUUAAUUUCUUCACACUUUAAGCGCUCUAUAACUGUAUAUCACUCUUCUUGAUGACUCGCGUUAAACAGACAUUUGAAAACACGAGAAAAUAAAAUGCAACAACAAACAGAAAUAUGCAUAAUUAUUGUACUGAAACUAUAGAAACGAAAGUUAAGUCAAAAUUAAAUAUAAAAGUUUUACCCGACUAUAAA